CUAGAUAACCUUCUCUACCAAUACUCUCUAGGCACCCUACCAACUCUCUACUUAACUCGGACCGUGCCGUGCUCUGGACAUCGUCUCCCCGCUUCACUCUACCCCCAUCAUGACUGACAGCGACGAAUGGUUGGCUAAUGCCAAUGAGGCAUUCACCAUUAGCCUGGUGAAGCACGCCGCGGAUGGCUUCAAGACGGUUGGCACAUUCAAUCCCAGGUUCACCUAUCCAAUCUUCGGAGAUGAAGAGCACAUUUUUGGGUACAAGGACCUCAAAAUCAACCUCCGUUAUAAUGCGAGUGACAUGCGGCCGCAUGUCCAGAUAUCGUCGAGCAAGAAGUCCAAGGCAGUGGGGGAUAUCGAACCCGUGGAUGUCAAAGGAAUUCUACAGGAACAUUUGCCGCCAAUCGCCUUCUCCAGCGGCAGCGACUUCAAAUCUAGUGCGCGGAAACAACCCCCGAACUGGCAACCGCCUGGUGCACCCCACGAUAGCUUCGAAGCCGCCGAUGGAACCUACGAGAUUCGGAAAGGCAGCCUAGCCGACGCAGCCAUUCGCCAACUGAUCAACCGCAUCGAGAUUCUUGUCCCCUUGUUUAUCGAAGGUGGAUCUUACAUUGGAAGAGAACAACAUUCCGAAGAGCCGUGGAAGGGCCCGGAGGAUGCGGCGCGAUGGACUGUUUUCCUCCUCUACCAGAAGCAGCCUGCUGUUGGCGCCACAGGGUCUCCGUCGUACACCUUCGUGGGCUAUUCGACGGUCUAUAAGUUUUUCCCCUUCCAAGCCCCGACCCCUCCGGCGUCCCCCGCGGCGGACUGGGAACUGCCCAAGGGCGAAUUCGACUUGGAUCGACUCCCAUGCCGCUCCCGCCUCUCUCAGUUCAUCAUUCUCCCGCCUUUCCAAGGAAGAGGCAUCGGAGCCCGGCUGUACAACAGCAUCUUCGAACACUAUCUCCGCAGCCCGCAGACCGUAGAGCUGACUGUCGAGGAUCCCAACGAGGCCUUUGAUGAUAUGAGGGACUUGGCCGAUUUAACGUACCUCCGGACGGUGCCUGAAUUCAGCCAGGUGCACAUCAACACCAGCGUCGCUCUCCCGAGAGACCCGACGAGUAUCGUUCCUCGUGCUAUCAUCGACAUGACGCUCCUCGACAAACUCAGACGCGAGACCAAAAUAGCCCCUCGCCAGUUUGCCCGGCUUAUCGAGAUGCACACCAUGUCCCAGUUGCCCGAGUCGGUGCAGCCGCGCCUCGGUGUCGAGAAGGCGCCUAGUCCCACAAAGGCGGACAAGCACCAAUACCACCUAUGGCAGUUGUUCGUGAAGAAGCGGAUAUACCGACAGAACAAGGAUGUCCUGGGCCAGGUCGAGCCGCCUGAGCGGCUGGAGAAGCUGAGUGAGGCGUUGCGCAGCGUGGAGCUCGAGUAUGCACGGCUGCUCGCCGCGCACGGCAGGUGGCAGAAGCACUACGCUUCCACUGCCGACUACUCCACGAGUGGGAAACGAAAGCUUGCGGAGGAGACUGAGCAACAGGGCGUGAGCAAGAAAGCUCGCGUUGACAGCUCAUCGUCCUAACCGAGAAUUAUCAAAAUCUUGUACUUGUCAUGACGGGAGGGCACUCUCGGGGUAUUUUAGCUUUACUUUUUUUUUUCUUUUCUUUUUUUGCUCGUACUACGAGCGGGGAAUGGAGUCAGGGGGGUUGGGUGCAUCCGGUUUCUGGGGUGAAGAGCGUCGAGACC